AUAUUUAUUAGCUAUAUAUAUACCCGGCAUAUCUAAGCACUUCAUAUUCUCUAAAAAUUCCCUAUCCACCCUUGAUCUCUUGCAGAGUCUUGCUUGUCUAAUUGGUCAAAAUGGGAGUGAAAGCUUUGGUGGUCACUCUGUUUCUUUCAUCCCUUGUGUUUCCGCUGGCAUUCUCCAAAUCAAAUGAUGGGUUUGUGAGAAUUGGGUUGAAGAAGAUGAAAAUUGAUAAGAACAACCGAAUUGCUGCGCGGCUUGAAGCCAAGGCGGGAGACUCACUUAGGGCGUCUGUAAGAAAGUAUUAUAACCUCCAUGGUAGAAAUGGGGAUUUACAGGAUACUGAUAUUGUUGGGCUAAAGAAUUACAUGGAUGCUCAAUACUUUGGGGAGAUUGGUGUUGGAACUCCUCCCCAGAAGUUUACUGUUAUCUUUGACACUGGAAGCUCUAACUUAUGGGUGCCUUCAUCAAAGUGCUAUUUCUCGGUUCCGUGUUUUUUCCAUUCCAAGUACACCUCUAGCCAAUCCAGUACUUACGAGAAGAAUGGGAAGUCUGCUGAAAUUCAUUACGGGACUGGAUCAAUAUCUGGUUUCUUCAGCCAAGAUAGCGUUCAAGUUGGUGAUCUUGUUGUAAAAAGUCAGGCAUUUAUCGAGGCAACAAGUGAGCCGGGUGUGACUUUUUUGGUUGCCAAGUUUGAUGGCAUAUUGGGUCUUGGAUUCCAGGAGAUCUCGGUUGGAGAUGCUGUUCCAGUUUGGUACAACAUGGUAAACCAAGGUUUAGUUCAGGACCCUAUCUUCUCAUUUUGGCUUAACCGAAACCCACAAGAGCAAGAAGGGGGAGAACUUGUGUUCGGUGGGGUUGACCCGAAACACUACAAAGGGGAACACACCUAUGUUCCAGUGACACAGAAAGGUUAUUGGCAGUUUGAUAUGGGUGAAGUCCUAAUUGAGGGUAAACCAACUGGGUUCUGCAGUGGUGGAUGUUCUGCAAUCGCAGAUUCUGGAACUUCUCUGAUAGCUGGUCCAUCGAGUAUUAUUACCAUGAUCAAUCACGCCAUUGGAGCUGAUGGAGUAGUUAGCAAGGAAUGCAAAGCCGUGGUUGAAAACUAUGGACAAAGAAUGAUUGAUUUGCUUGUAAUGGAGGCACGUCCAAAGAAGAUAUGCUCGCAAAUUGGGUUAUGCACCUUCAAUGGAAACCGUGGUGUUAGCAUGGGAAUCGAGAGCGUUGUAGAUGAGAAAAAUGGGGUAUCAGCCGAUCUACAUGAUGCUAUGUGCUCGGCUUGUGAAAUGACGGUUGUUUGGAUGCAGAAUCAACUUAGCGAGAAUCAGACUCAAGAAAACAUUUUGUCUUAUGUGAAUGAGCUUUGCAACCGGCUACCGAGCCCCAUGGGAGAAUCAGGCGUCGACUGUGGAAAGCUUUCCACCAUGCCUUCUGUUUCCUUCUCAAUUGGUGGAAAAGUGUUCGACCUCUCCCCUAAUGAGUACAUACUGAAGGUGGGCGAGGGAAGCGCAGCACAGUGCAUUAGUGGCUUCACGGCUUUGGAUGUCCCUCCUCCUCGCGGACCUCUCUGGAUAUUGGGAGAUGUUUUCAUGGGCAGAUACCACACUGUGUUUGAUUAUGGCAAGAUGAGGGUUGGAUUUGCUGAAGCAGCUUAAUGCCCCCUAUUAUCCCUUUAUUCAUUUUCUUGCUGCCAUUAUCUAAUAUGUAUGAGUGGUUUAAUUUAAGUAGAUAGAUGUACUUGCGAAUCUGGGCAUAUAUAGACGUACAUUUGUAAACUAUGAUUA